UUCAGAAUGAGGAUCUGCGUAGUUGUGUUGUUGUGGUGCCUGGCUGUUGCACAGGGACAGGCAGAGGAAAAGGAGCAUCUUCCCUGGACAGAGGUAAAUAGUCGAGUGGACAUCUGGGCUGAGCUGGCAGAGUUGAGAAAAACUGUGCUGGAGCUGACAGCCAGACUGGCUGUCACAAUCGCAGAGUCAAAGGCUAUGGAGGCCAGGCUGAAAGAUGUGGAGAGACAGGUGGGAGAUCUGAAACAGGACAACGCAGUGCAGGCGGUGGAGCUGAAGGCCAUGGAAAGACGGGUUACAGCCAGUGAGAGUCUGGUGUUGGAGCUCAGGACAGAGAAUACAGCUCAGAACAUCAUGCUGCAAAACAUGGGCACCAGGCUGACAGCUGCUGAAAACCAGGUUGCAGAGCUUAAGAGUGAAAACACAGCCCAAGCAGGAAGGAUAGAUGCCAUGGAAGCCCGACUGUUGGUCAAUGAGAACCUGGUCACGGUGCUGAAGUCCACUGUGGAAGAACAGGGAGCCGUGCUGGAAGAGCUGAAAACAGAAAAUGCAGACAGACCCAAGGUAGCAUUCUCAGCGGGAAUGAAUGAAGAAAUUUAUGUCGGACCUUUCAACACAGAUACGACCCUCAUCUACAGAACUGUCCACACAAACGUUGGCAGUGGGUACAACCCUAAUACAGGAAUUUUUACAGCGCCAGUCAAGGGAGUGUACCAGUUCAGCUUUACCACACAUGCCGGUGCCAAUUUCUCAACGUUUGUGAUCUUGGUUCACAACAUUAACCAUUUGUCUAUGAUAAGUGACUGGAAGGCUAUGGAUGGCUCAAACUCUGCAGCAAAUUCAGCCAUAGCACAUCUUAAUGUGGGGGACCAGGUUUAUGUACAGCUAUACAGGGGUACACACAUCUGGAGUGGUCUUCACAGCUCGUUCAGCGGCAUGCUUCUCUUCCCCUUGUAGUGGAUUGUGUGGACUUUGAAAACUGCACUUCAGCAACUCAGUACAUGGGAGGCAGCAGGGGGCGUAGUGCUUAGAGACGCCACCUUCACCUCAAAGGUCACAGGUGUGAAUCCUUCUGUUGUACCCUUGAGAAAGGUAUUUAACCUGAAAAAAAUCCCAGCAGUUUAAAUCGGUCAAUAGUAGUAAGUUGCUUUGGAGAAAACAGUCAAAUAAAUAAGAAAAACAUCUGUUCAACUGGAUUUUUCCAUUACACUGUUCAGUUCAUUUAUUGCUGACUCCAACAGUUUAAUUUUACCCCAGUCUUCUGUAUUAGCCCCAAAAAUCUGAAUAAUUAGCUGGGAACCAUAUGCAAAUGACAUAUGUGUUCUGUAGAAGUAUCAUAUUAAAAGAAAACAUGGUAAAGUUGCCUUCUUAUACUUCUGUUGCCCCUUUUUCCCUAUUAUUUGUAGCAAAUGAAUAUUUUGAAUGUCUAACAAAGCACAUAUAUGGUCUA